AUGCCAAGCGCAGAAGAGGGAGCAGACAUGGAGCUUGGAGGCAUGCACGGAAACUUGAGGGCGGAGGGGGAGGAGGGGGGAGCACGUCAGGGGCUGUUGGGGGGCGGCGGAGAGGGGGGGGGUGGGGGGAAGGGGGGGGGGGUGUUACCGAAGAGCAGCGCGGGCGGGGGUGCCCCUGGCGGGGUCGGGGCGAAGCUUAGAAGCGACCAUCGCGAAGACCCGCCUCGGCGAGAGAGCGGCGGCGGCGGCGUUGCGCUUGUCAACGGCACCGGCGGCGGUAGAACAGGCGCGAGGCCGGCGGUGGCGUCUUUCAACGCCAAGGGACCCCUGGCGGCAUGGCUGGACUCGCUGUCCCCUUCCCUCAAGUUCGCCAUCCUCGUUACCUGUGUCAUGAUGUCGUUCGGUCUCCACAACAUCCUCCAGGAGUCGCUCUUCCAGAUGGAAGGUUUCAACUUCGGCUGGUCCCUGGGCCUCCUAGAGGCUAUCGGCGUGUUGGUCGGGUCGAUGGCCGAGCGCGUUCACGGGGGCGAGGGGGGGAAGAGGGUAGCGCCCUUCCGCAGCUACGUGGUUCUAGCUGGGCUGCUGGGCAUGUCGAGCUCGCUCUCGAACAUGGCCCUCAACUACAUCAAGUACCCCACGAAGGUAAUCUUUCGCUCCUGCAAGCUCAUCCCGACCAUGGCCAUCGCCGUGCUGUGGCGCAAGAAAAUCGUGUCCAGGUGGGAGUUCCUGGCGGCGUUUUCCGUGUGUGCCGGCCUCGUCAUCUUCGGGAAGGCCGACGCUAAGCUCGAGCCAGACUUCGACCCUAGGGGGAUCGCGAUGGUGAUGCUGUCGGUGUGUGCGGACGCUUUCCUUCCCAACAUGCAGGAGCACGUGUUUAGCAUGGGCGCGUCUCGAGUGGAGGUUACGUUCUUCACCAACUCCCUCACCGUGCUCGGCAUGUUGCUGUCCACCGCCGCCAACGGAAACCUGGCUGAGUUUUUGAGCUACGCCGUCACCAGCAGCUCGGCUGUGUUGCACAUGCUGGUGUACUGCGUCAUGUCGCACGUGGCGAUCUCGGCGCACAUGAUGGUUUUGAAGGAGUACGGAAGCGUGACGACGGUGCUGGUGGGGAACACGAGAAAGUCCAUGACCAUCGCCCUGUCCUUCGUCCUGUUCCCGAAGCCGUUCAGCUACCGCUUCGUGCUGGGAGGUGCGUUGGUCCUUGGGGGUCUGGCCGCGAACGUGAUGAUCAAGGAGCGCCGUAAAGCCACCGAGUCGGGGAGAAAGUCUCGGUCUCACGAGAUCCUUCCCCAGCUCGCUGUCAACGCCGGCAAGAUCAACAAGGGCGAAGACGGCGGUAGCGGCAGGGGCGUCGGCGGCGACGGCAGCACCGCCUCCAUCGGAAACGGUACAAGCAGCAGCAGCAGCUACGCCGCCGGCGGCGGCAACCACCGCCACCACUCCCGCUCGACGAAGGACCCCGCUUCCGAAAGUUUGCUACCUCCUUCGUCGGCGCCACUGAUGACCGGCGUCGGCGGCGUCGGCGGCGGAGGCGGCGGAGGCGGCGGAGGCGGCGGAAUUAGCGUUGGCAACCCAAUCGACCGCCUUUCAUCGUCGAACCAGAAGAGGCAGCGCCAUCAGCAACAACACGACACCGCAACCGGGCACCUGAAGCAAGGGCUGCUGCCAUCGUGGCGAGCGGCCGCGGCCGCGAGAAGCGGCUGGCGCUUUGCUCCAUGGAGAGCGGCGGCGGGGGUUCCCGCGAGGGAUAGCGUGGCGUCUGGCGAGGGCAGGGGUCUCGGUGCAUCAGGCUAGGGUCCGCGGUUGUUCUCGCGAGUGGUUCAGCGUCGCCGAAGCCAGAUGGAUGCCCUCGCGGUGACCUUUGUGCGGGGAAUGAUAAUUUCUUGGUCUUCCGUUGUCGCUUAUUUUCAUGCUCUUCACGUCUUGGCCGCCAAGAAGGAUCUGCUGGUGAGGACCGACAAGGUUUAGCUGGGAGUUUUCUUGUUGGGGGUAGGGAGGCCUCACUCGGGUGAGGUACGGGGCCCCCGAUGGUUUGAGGUGCUUUGUUGAUUCUGUUUUUUGUGUUUUUUAUGUGGUUCUGGGGGAGACACGGUUUUGGGUAUGUUUUCUCUUGCGGUUCUUUCCUGUUUCGCUGGGGUUAGCUUCUUGUCUUAGCUCGAACAUGUCGUAGUAAACAUACAUACACUACAUAUUCUAAUUUUUUAAUAGUGCGCGCGUGGGAGCCCUUUGGUCCGCAAAAGCGGGGCCGAUUCGUCCCCUUGUACUUGGCUCGAAACGAGAAAGUACACUGUAGAGGCAGUCCGGUGGUCUUCGAUUCUGGCGCUUUUUUGCUGUCUUGUGUGAGCCUUGGCGUCGAAGGGAGCCCUGUUUGUUGGGUCCUAUGUCGGCUUGGUCGCGUCGAUAGCCUUCGCGAGCAUAUAAUGCUUGGUUAAAGAGGGGGUACGUGGUGGGUUUGGGGGGGUGCGUACGUGGUGGGUUUGGGGGUUAGGGUUAGGCCCUUAAUAUAUUUUCAGAGACGUUACAUUGCGAAGGCAGUUCGGUCGUCCCAGUAGCCGCACGAUCACGGACCAUUCUUCCAAGUCGGCGGCAUUUCAACUUUUGCCGUGGCAAGUCGUUUGUAAGUAUUCAAGCGUAGCAUGGAGUAGCGACAAUUUCCCGCUGCGGCUUUGAUGCUGCUGCGCGCUUUCUCUCUUGCUGCGGCGUGCAUUCCGAACUUCCAAAGUUCGUUCUCCUGCUCGUUAUGGUUUGUCUGUUGGCCAACAGACAGGAAAUAUUAUUUGUAUGUCAAUGUCUCCUGUCGUCUGUCGUGUGAUGGGUCCUUCGGUACUGCUGCUGUGUGCGUGAGUGCGCCGCCGACGGCGGCUGUGAGAGUCGGCCUACGCUACCUUUGUGUGCGUUGCGUUGUUUGGGGGUCGCGCGUGCCUGGCGUUAGAUGCGAACGGCAUCGCACGCUCGUAGGCCAAUCGUUCUUCCGAGUUGUCUGUUUGCACCCGGCGGGCGUUUAUUACGUGGUUGCAUGUUUUUGUCCUUGGUGUUUUGGGCGGCGUGUCCCGUGUGCGUUUCGUGGGACAACUGCCCCCCUGUACGCCACCAUCGCUGAUCCGGCUGCUACCGUGGGCACUUCAAUCGGGGUGGACACACCCACACGCACACCCAUAGUGUUUCCUGUUCUACAUCAUGCGUUUGCAUCGAAUUUGUGUUUCUUCGCUGCUAGUGGUUGAGCGUACUCUAGGUGUUUUUUUACGUGUUGCCGUCUUGUAUUUAUGCGUUGCUUGUUGGAGGUUGUUAGCUUGUGGCCGACCAUGGAAUUUGUGUGAAUCGGAGAGUGAGGAAAUGGAGGUGGGUGGUGUGUGCUGGAUACUGCGAUCGUGUAGAAGGGCUCAUAUAUUGGAGA